AUACCCUUGUAUCAUGACGUUCCAGCUUAAUGAUAAUGGAAAUUAGAUAAAGCAAAAAUUUUGAUGACAAUCUGUAAUUGGACUCCGCUCGUUUCUAAUAUAAAAUUAGCGAAUGUUACGUAAAAGUUACAAUAAUGAGCCACUUAACUAAGCCAAUUAAGUUUAGAGUAGCAAAGAGUUUGUAUCAACGGUGUCUUAGUACAGCGGCACCUCAAGUUCGGAUUUAUGAAGUUGGACCUAGAGAUGGCCUCCAAAAUGAAGCUAAAUUUGUACCAACUGAAGUUAAAAUAGAACUCAUAAAUAAAAUAGCUGCAGCUGGAAUUAAAAAUAUUGAGUCGGCUAGCUUUGUUAGUCCAAAAUGGGUGAAACAAAUGAGCGAUGGAGUGGAAGUAAUGAAAAAUCUACCGAGAGCUCCUGGAGUUAACUACCCCGUGCUUAUACCGAACCUAAAGGGGUAUGAUACCGCUAAACAAUGUAAUAUCGAAGAAGUGGCCAUCUUUCCCGCUGGGUCCGAAGGUUUCUCUCAAAAGAACCUCAACUGUUCUGUAGAGGAAGGUCUGAGGAGGUUUAAACUGGUGGCUGAUCAGGCAAUCAAGGAUGGACUUCGUGUUAGAGGCUAUGUGUCCUGCGUAGUAGGUUGUCCAUAUGAUGGACCUAUACGACCAAAAGGAAUCGCUAAGAUAACAGAGCAACUACUAGAGAUGGGAUGCUAUGAGAUCUCUCUGGGGGACACAAUUGGCGUAGGAACCGCGGGCUCCGUCCGCCGGUUGAUGCGAGAAGUACUAACUGUUGCUAAGCCGGAUCAACUGGCACUUCACUUCCACGACACAUACGGGCAAGCGCUGUCAAACUUACUGGCUGGUUUAGAGUUCGGAAUAAAAACUGUGGACUCGUCUAUCUCGGGACUGGGCGGGUGUCCGUACGCGCACGGGGCGAGCGGUAACCUCGCCACAGAGGACCUAGUCUACUUCCUAUACGGCCUCGGAGCCAACACAGAUGUCGACCUAGUCAAACUCAUAGAGGCGGGCCGAUACAUCUCGAACUAUCUCGGCAAACCCACUGACUCCAAAGUCAACCGAGCAAUAGGUGAUAGGUUCAAAACCCACAAUGAUAUCGCUAAAAUUGCCUCAUGCGAUAUUUGACCAUGAAUAAUUACAAUCAGUGAAUGUAAACACUCGCCGAUAGAAAACAAAGACUCGACAGCUCAUGUACAUAAUAAUUUAUAUUUUGUUUAUAUGCUUGUAUUCCCAGAAAUGUUCGUCAUUCUUACACGAUAAAUAAAUGUUAUUUUUGAGAGA